AAAAGAGAGAGGAGAACAACCGAAUGAUCCUCUUGUGCUCUCGUCCCUCCCCACCCGCUAUAAUACCGCCACGCCCUCGUCGCCAUCAUCACCACACCACCGUUCGCUUCCCUCCCUCUCACUCCCGAUCUCUCCACCACCACCCCUGCCUCCUCGCACCUCUCCUCGCCUCGCACGGCAACCGGCGGCGGCUCGUCGGUGGCCCAGCCAUGGUACUCUUCACGGUGACGAAGAAGGCCACCACGCCCUUCGACGGCCAGAAGCCCGGCACCUCUGGCCUCCGCAAGAAGGUUACUGUAUUCCAGCAGCCUCAUUAUCUGCAGAACUUUGUCCAAUCAACAUUUAAUGCCCUUCCCGCCGAACAAGUAAAAGGUGCAACCAUUGUUGUCUCUGGUGAUGGCCGCUAUUUCUCAAAAGAUGCGGUUCAGAUCAUAACAAAAAUGGCUGCUGCCAAUGGAGUAAGGCGUGUUUGGGUUGGACAAAACAGUCUCAUGUCUACUCCAGCUGUAUCUGCUGUCAUCCGUGAAAGAAUUGGUGCAGAUGGAUCAAAGGCUACUGGUGCCUUCAUCUUAACAGCGAGCCAUAACCCAGGUGGUCCGACCGAGGACUUUGGCAUCAAAUACAAUAUGGGAAAUGGCGGACCUGCCCCUGAAUCCGUCACUGAUAAGAUUUUCUCUAAUACAACGACAAUUACUGAAUACUUCAUUGCUGAAGACCUUCCAGAUGUUGAUAUUUCUGUUAUCGGUGUCACUAGCUUCAGUGGACCUGAAGGCCCCUUCGAUGUUGAUGUCUUUGACUCUUCUAUAGAUUACAUAAAGUUAAUGAAGACAAUUUUUGACUUUGAGGCAAUAAAGAAGCUGUUGACCUCUCCAAAAUUUACAUUCUGUUAUGAUGCUCUUCAUGGUGUUGCUGGAGCUUAUGCCAAACACAUCUUUGUGGAAGAACUCGGUGCUGAUGAAAGCUCACUGUUGAAUUGUGUCCCAAAGGAGGACUUUGGGGGCGGUCAUCCGGAUCCUAACCUCACAUAUGCAAAAGAAUUGGUUGAACGGAUGGGUCUUGGGAAGUCAGCCUCAAAUGCUGAUCCACCUGAGUUCGGUGCUGCAGCUGAUGGAGAUGCUGACCGCAAUAUGAUUCUGGGCAAAAGAUUCUUCGUGACACCAUCAGAUUCGGUUGCCAUUAUCGCGGCCAAUGCUGUUCAAUCAAUUCCUUACUUUGCUUGUGGCCUGAAGGGUGUUGCCAGGAGCAUGCCAACAUCAGCUGCCCUUGAUGUUGUCGCGAAGAAUUUGAAUUUGAAGUUCUUUGAGGUGCCUACUGGGUGGAAAUUUUUUGGGAACUUGAUGGAUGCUGGAAUGUGCUCAAUCUGUGGUGAAGAAAGCUUUGGCACUGGAUCUGACCACAUUCGUGAGAAGGAUGGUAUCUGGGCUGUGCUAGCAUGGCUGUCUAUUCUUGCUUUCAAGAACAAGGACAACCUUGGAGGAGGGGAUAAGCUUGUCACGGUCGAAGAUAUUGUUCGUCAACACUGGGCCACCUAUGGUCGCCAUUAUUAUACACGCUAUGACUACGAGAAUGUUGAUGCAGGGGCUGCUAAGGAACUUAUGGCAAACCUAGUCAACAUGCAAUCGUCACUUUCUGAUGUUAACAAGUUGACCAAGGAGAUCCGGUCUGAUGUCUCUGAGGUAGUUGCGGCCGAUGAGUUUGAGUACAAGGAUCCUGUUGAUGGCUCAGUCUCCAAGCACCAGGGUAUCCGAUAUCUCUUUGGAGAUGGUUCACGACUGGUGUUCCGUCUCUCUGGAACUGGUUCUGUUGGUGCCACCAUCCGUGUCUACAUUGAGCAGUACGAGAAGGAUUCCUCCAAGACCGGGAGGGACUCACAAGAUGCCCUUGCUCCACUGGUUGAUGUGGCACUCAAGCUCUCAAAGAUGCAAGAGUACACCGGCCGAUCUGCCCCCACCGUGAUCACAUAAUUUUUUGAAGAGUCCGCGUUUUAGAGAGUUGUGGCACUUACAAAAACUCUCAUUCCGGCCUCGCUUGAUAGCUUUUUUGUUACAUCUCACCACUGAAUAAAAUGUAUGUAUCAGACUCUCCCUCUCGUUUUAUUGCCCAUACUGCAGACUUGGCCGCUGGCACAGCAUGCGGUAAUAAUCCUGUCACAGUGCUGUAAUUUGGAGCGUGUUUCUCCUUGUAACAUAUCGAUGUGUUUUUGCCUUGUUUGA